UCCGCCGCGCUGCCCCCCCGCUCCUGCCGCGGCCAUGCUGGCGGAGCAGGAGAACCAGGAGAACGUGCCCCCGCCGGCGGCCGGCAAAGCCGCGGCGGCGCCGCCCGCCGCCGGCACCCGCGUGGCGCUGGGGCUGCUGCGGGGAGCGCAGCAGCGCGCCGGGAUCCCGCUGCAGGCGGCGCGGGGCGGCUGCGAGGGCCAUGGAGCGGCGGCGGGGCUGCAGCAGCAGCAUCAGCACCAGCCCUUCUCCAUCCAUGUGGACGAGCCCGACGGGGAGCGGGAGCCGCGGCGGCAGCUGGGCGUCCCGGCGGGGCAGAAGGAGGAGGCGGCGCUGGGGCUGCGUGCGGCCGUGUGCACCCUGGGGGAGCGGCGGCCCCUGGCUCCGCUGGGCAACGCCAUGGAGCUGAGCUUCGAUUCUCCAAGUAUUAUGGAUAUUUCAAUAACCUCAGAAACAGAAGAAAAAGCACCAAAUGUUAAUAACGUGCCAGACUAUAUCAAUGAAAUCCAUACGUACCUGAGGGAAAUGGAGGUGAAGUGCAAGCCCAAAAUAGGUUACAUGAAGAAGCAACCUGAUAUCACAAACAACAUGCGGGCUAUUCUUGUGGACUGGCUGGUGGAAGUUGGAGAAGAAUACAAAUUACAGAACGAAACCCUGCACUUAGCUGUAAAUUACAUUGAUAGGUUUCUUUCUUCCAUGUCUGUUUUGAGAGGAAAACUUCAGCUUGUGGGUACUGCAGCUAUGCUGCUUGCAUCAAAGUUUGAAGAGAUCUACCCUCCUGAAGUAGCCGAGUUUGUCUACAUCACAGACGACACCUACACCAAGAAGCAGGUCCUAAGGAUGGAGCACUUAAUUCUGAAGGUUUUGUCAUUUGACUUGGCAGCUCCAACAAUCAACCAGUUCCUCACCCAGUACUUCCUACACCAGCAGACAGAUGCUAAAGUGGAGAGCCUGUCAAUGUACCUGGGAGAGCUGAGUCUAAUUGAUGCUGAUCCUUACCUGAAAUACUUGCCAUCAGUUAUUGCUGCUGCAGCAUUUCAUCUGGCAGAUUACACACUCACUGGACAAGCCUGGCCUGAAUCCCUGUGCAAAGUAACCGGCUAUACCCUUGAAGACAUCAAGCCUUGCCUCAUAGACCUGCACAACACCUACCUCAAAGCAGCCCAGCACACACAACAGUCCAUAAGGGAAAAGUACAAGAGUACCAAGUACCAUGGAGUAUCGCUCAUUGACCCACCAGACACACUAAACUUAUCGUAAUAAUCAAGAGACUGAUUUUUAAAGAGAUGUAUAUUACAAGGAAAUGAUGUACAGUUUUAAACAUGGUUCAGGAUUCUAGAUGUGAUCACUCAAAAUAUGAAUACAGGCUUUGAUGACUUCAAUUAUGAAGUUUUGUUUCAUGUGGUUUUAAUGUAAAUCUUUUGUACAUGCAAUCUUGUUAAGAGUUUUAGCUGUUUUUUUAUCAAAAUGUUCUCUUCAGGCACAGAAUUAACCAUGCAGGCCACGUGAAGUCUGAGACUGCUUAUCUAAUUAUAGACUAAAUGUUAAUAUUAGCAGUGCAUUAUUAUAGUAGGGCUUUUUCUCCUUCUGGGUGAGAAAGAUUUGGUCUCCACAGAGUAUCAGUAGCAUUUUUAUUCUGUCUAGUUUAAACUGAGACUUAGCAUAGAUCCAAAACGUUGCCUUAAUGGCUAUAAAACUGGAAGAAACUCUAUGGCCAUGAGAAGAACUCCUUGCUGGAACUGACUCAUGAGGCUGUUUAGGACGUGCCCCAGUUGCUGUAUAAUGUAGUGCCAGAUCUUCAUCAGGAGAAAGGCUGAAUGCUCUGCUGCAGGGACUGCACAGUUAAAACCCCUGCACCAGUUCAUACCUCACGCUUCCGCUACGCAGAAAACGGUCUUGCUGUCAGUAUUUUCUGGUCCAAGUGUAAAACUGAUACUAAUCUAAACCCGUGGAGUUUCCAUUGAUGUGCUGGCUGUCCCAGAAGUCCAUGGAUGCCUACUGAGAAAAUUAGUCCUCCGUCUGCUCACCAUGUACCUCUUUAGGGGUGGUGGAAGGGCUAAACUCCAGUGGGUGAACUGCUGCUCUGUGGCCUCAAGAGCAGGGAAUGUCUUCUGACAUGGAUGGGCUGCGUGCAGAGCAGCAAGAAUUCCAUAUGCCCCUCAUGCUUGGGAGGAGCUCCUCUCUGGCACACAGCAAAAAUGUGCCAUGUUUUUCCUUAGUUCUGGAACUGUUACAUAAGCAAACUGGCAUUCAAUCAGCAUUAGAUCAAGUGGAUGUUUACUUUCAGCCUGUGUAAAUGGAGUGAUGCUGCCCUGUACCACUGCUGUUGGCAUGUAAAGCAGCGAGUGCACGGAAGUGGGCUGAAUUGAGCCAUUUCCAGGUUGGCUAAUAAACAGUUUUUGUAUC